AUGUCGAUGCAGGAAAAGGUUUCUGCUGAGCAUCAUACCCUUGAGCAAGUCAACACGAUUGACAAACACAAGGAUGUCGUCGAAGUCAAACAAGUCAGCGGCAGCGAAGCCUACAACGAGGCUCUCAUCCAAGAGCCCGUUUCGUGGAACCAUCCUCGCUCAUUGCUGUUGUUUCUCAUCCUUUUGCCCGGCUUCUUCUGCCAGACCAUGAACGGGUACGACACCAUGUUGUUCGGCGGUCUCCUCAACAACAAAGAAUACUUCCUCAAGCAUUUCAACGGCGAGAACAAAGGUAUCUGGGCCGGCCUCAUCACCUCCAUGUACCAGAUCGGCGGAGUCUGCGCCUUGCCCUUCGUCGGACCCUGCAUUGACCAAUGGGGCCGUCGCCCUGGCAUGUUCAUCGGCAGCUUUUGUAUCAUCAUCGGCACCAUCGUCCAAGGUCUCACGUCCGCCAAUGCUUCCGAAGGACAAAUGAUGGGUGGCCGAUUCGUCCUGGGCUUCGGCGUCUCCAUCGCCGCGGCUGCCGGACCUAUCUGGGUCGUGGAAACGGCUCAUCCCAAAUACCGCUCCAUCAUGACGGGAUUGUGCAACACCACCUGGCUCGCGGGCUCCAUCUUGUCAUCUGGCAUCACCCGCGGCGGCUUGAACAUCAAAAGCGACACUUCGUGGCUGCUCCCCGUCUGGUUCCAGAUGUUCUUCCCCGUCUUGAUCUGUCUCUUCAGCUUUUGGAUCCCCGAAAGCCCGAGAUGGCUGUAUACUCGCGGAAAGCGCGAGUCUGCAGUCAAUACCCUGACCAAGUGGCACGGCCAUGGAAACAGAGAGUCACAAUGGGUCAAGCUCCAGCUUGCCGAGUAUGAAGAGUACUUGGAGAUGGAUGGUUCUGACAAGCGCUUCUGGGACUACCGUGCGCUGUUCAACAAGCGAUCGAGCCUUAUCCGUGUGUCUGUGGCUUGUUGGUUCUCGGCUUUCUCACAAUGGUGUGGAAACGGUGUCUUGUCCUACUUCAUGUCCGCCGUACUCGAUACCGCAGGCGUCAACGGGUCCAUCGGCAAGGCCAACGUCCAGCUUGGCUACAGCGUCGAACAGUUCAUCUUCGCCGUGAUCGGAGCACAUUUCGUCGAAAAGAUCGGCCGUCGUAGGAUGAUGCUGGCCGGCUUCUUCGGCGUCUCUGUCGUGUGGGUGUGCAUGACCGCAUCGGCCGGCACGCUUGCGCAGUCUCUCGUGUCCGGCAGCGUCGACGACAGCGACGCCGUCUUCACCAACGAGAACGCCGGCAAUGCGGUGCUCGCCUUUAUUUUCAUCUUCGGCGCCGUGUACUCUUUCAACAUUACGCCCUUGCAGGCCCUCUACCCGGUCGAAUGCAUCUCGUUCGAGAUCCGCGCAAAGGGCAUGGCCUUCCAGUCCUUCUUCGUCAACGCCGCGGGCCUGCUCAACCAGUUCGCCUGGCCGAUUGCAAUCAAGGAGAUCCAGUGGAAGACGUACAUCAUCUUUGUGGUCUGGACGUUCAUCCAGGGUGUUCUGGCGUACUUUUUCUUCCCCGAGACCAGGAAGAGGACUCUCGAGGAACUCGACAAGAUCUUCGAGGCCAGGAACCCUGUCAAGUACUCCGUUCAACAGCAUACCCUCGCAAUCACCGAGGACAAGACCGUCGUGGCGAUCGACAAGGACAAGGGUCAAGUCUAA